AUGUCGUACGAUUCUCCAGUCACUGCCGGCCUCGAUCUUUUACGCCAUAUUCCACCAAAAGAUGUCGAAGAGCGUAUGUUUGAUAUCUUCGAACUCAACCCAGAUUUAACUGAUGAAAUGAUUUCUGCUGUUGAUAUUCCACUCAAAAUCCAACAGGAUAACGAUACCCAGCAAAAUUUCGUAAAAUGUGAUUACAACCGCGAUGGUGAUUCAUACAGAUCUCCUUUCACAAACAAGUAUUACCCACCACUUUCAGAUGGUCAGACACCAUCACCAAAGCUCCGCAAACUUGAAGAACUUGCCAACAAAGCAUUUGGUUCCUACCUUAAUUUGUUCUUCAGGUACGGUACACUCUCAGUUUAUUGCUGGGAUCUUGAUGAUAAUUCUUUCGGACUUGGCGUUUUCGUACGCAAAGAUGCCAACGAAAGCCAGGAAGAUUUUAUUGGAAACAUUUCUUGCUCAGAUGUUUUCACAAUCACUGAAGAAUCCUCUGGUCAGUAUACAUACGAAAUGGUCUCAUCCAUUAUGCUUGAGAUCAAAGUUCAAGGUGCCAACGGAAAACCUGUAAUUCUUUCCGGUGGUUGCACAGAUAGUAAGGUUAAAACACUUCCAGCAAAGGGUGACAUUGAAAUGCUUGUCAAUGUUGGCACAAUGAUCGAAGAUAACGCUGCCAACUUCAUGGAGUACGUUAAGCAGAUUUACGUUUCAAAGAUGACCGAAAUCUUGUCUUACACUAAGGGAAUUGCUAUUGGUGGUGGUGGCAAUUCUCCACAAGACCAAUUAGCCGCUGCUAUGAAAGCUCGUCUUGGCAAAUAA